UCGCGCGUGAGGUGGCGAGGAUACAGAUGCAACAGUAUAUCACACUCUUUAAUUUAGCAUCGUGAUCAAGAAAGACAUUUUGUAUUCGCUAGUAUAGCGGCGGUACGUACAUGCUUUGGUUUAAUCUGUGUGAAGCAUUCAUAGGCUGCGUACAGGUCUAUCUGAAGAUGUAAGGGAUCUAAAUUUGCGGCAAUGAGGGAAAAGGACGCCUGCGGGAGGAUAGCAAAGAUAGUCGAUCUGUGCGUUUUUAGAGCAAUCUGAGAAACACUGACAUUGAAGUCGCAUGGGGCUAUUUUGUUCUCUACGAGCGGUUCCAGUUCUCCUCCUGCACUGUCCUCUUGUUUUCACCACUUCAGAUAUAAUCAAGACUUGCAAAAAGUACACCACUCUAUAUGAGAAAAUCACCCUUCUUUGCAAAAAAGAGAAGGUCAAACUUGAAAGCUGCUUAGUGAACCGUUUAAGAUGUUACUAUAGAAAGGACUGUGGCAGGGAGUACAUGUUGAUGAAACUGAUUUGUUCAGUGAGCUCAAACCAGAGCAGUCAUGCUCAUGAGUACCCAGACUGCCAAGAAGGGGGCAAUGAAGCCAGCCUGCUGGUGUCCCCUCUGGUGGUGGCCGGCAUCGUCAUCGGCCUGGUGCUCUUCCUUUCCUGCGUCACCAUCAUUGUGGGCAGUUUGCGCAAAGACAGCCGAAUGCGCAACCCCCACCUGCGAGCCAGCUACGCUCCAGAUGGCCUCUCAUAUGGUGGCUCCAUUGGAGAGCUGAGGUCUACUUGCAUUGAGGACUUUCCCCCGGCAUUCGACUUUGACUCCUACAUGGAAACGCUGUCUCAAGUCAACGUGUACUCAGACUCCCCACCUCAUUAUGAAGAAUGUGUGGGACCAGAGACACAUUUAUAUGUUCCUAUGGAUGAUCCGCCCGCUUACUCCCUCACAGACCCAUGCCGGGAGCAGCCGGCUCCAAACAACUACAGAGAGAUGGAGGAUCUGCCUUCUGGUGCUUCCUGGGUGUCAGCAAGUUGCUCUUCCCGAUACUCAACCAGACUGCAGGACUUGAGGCACCAGCCAAUCGCUUCAAUCUCUUUGUUAGCCUUACCUUUAGAAGAGGCCCCCCCAUACGAGGCAGUAGUGUGUGAGCAAAACCAGGCCCUUCCUCUGAUGCCCCUGGAUCUCCUCAAACACACUGCAGAGGACAGCAGUCCCCAGGACACUGUUACCCACAGGAUCUUUUAAUCCCUGCCUCCCCAGCACAAACAUGCAUCAUGUGCUUAACCAGCUUUGAGAGGGACAACUUUGUUUGGCUAGGGUCUCCCAGGUAAAUGUAGACUCUAUUGAAAAGUCUAAGAGCCCAGAGCUGAGACCGACACCUGCAGAACCCCACAAUUACCUCUGAUAUUAGUCAACAUCAGACACUGUAGUUCCUGUUUUAUCUAACCGCCAUGAGAGCACACCGCUGUGGGCCACUAUGUUUAGAGAUUUUUUGUGGGUCUACACUUCACUUUGUCUUUUGCUUAUGGUGUGAUUAGAUGUCGAUGUCUUGAUUCUUCUCUUACAGAUAGACUUAUAGAUGAUUUCACAGUUUCUGUUGCACCAGAGCUAAUUUCAACAAUUAAAAUUUUGCAGAGCAAGCCAUCUGACUGAGACUUAAUCAAUUAAAUUCAAAUCAGUUCAUAAUAGUGAAUUUUACAUUAAUAAAAUUUUAUUCAUUUACAGUUUAGGUGUACAAUUAUACCGUUCUCUUCUUUUUGAUGAGAAAGAGUGUGCAUGUACAUAGGCGUAUGUUCAUGUGUGUUUCUACGUGGUUUUUGAUUUACUGCAAACCAUUUAAUUGUAAUAUUUAAACUUUUUUUAUUAGGGUUUAUUUUAACUAUUAACUUUUUUUAAAUCAGAAAACUUUUUUAAGAUAAUAUUUUGUAAAAUUCAUAGAUUACCUUGCAAAGAAGAGAAAUUUGAAUGUCCUCAGAAGAUCAGAAUGCUUUUAAUCCAUCCUUUUAGUAAACAUAAUUUCAUUUCUUUACAACUUAACAUUUAGAGCACUGUGAUUUCUUGGUAACACUUCAAUAUCAUUAGUUCCCUUUCAAAUUGGUCACUUCGAAGCUGCAUCAGUGCCUGACACUGUGGGAGCUCCUCUCAGGAGUACUGAUCUCUGAAAACCUAUUCAAUCAUGUCAAUUACAUAUUGGCAGAUGGCUCUUGUUAUUCAAUUGUCAUACACACGUAUUGCACACAGCUACUGACAGAGCAUCGAUGCGACCGACUUGAAAGGGAAAGUCUCGGUUACUGAUGUAACCUUGGUUCUCUGAAAGGAGGGAACUUUGCUGGAACAAUGGAGGGAACAAAGCUCGCAGCUUUGCCUCACUACUGAUUCCUCAGUGUUAAGGGAUGCUCUCGCAUCCCUUUCCUCUCUCUUCAGUUGAAAUAUUCUGAGGAUGUGGAUGUGGAUGUUAUAUACAGGCAAUACAUGCGCAUAAACACGGAGUAACAAGGGCCACCUUCCAAUAUUCAAUUGGAGUGACUGAAUAGGGUUUCAGUGAUUGGUACUUCUGAGCAGUGCUCCCACAGCAUUAGCGACUGACUCAGCAUCUCAUUCCCUCCUUUCAGGGAACCAAGAUGUUAACUACAUCAGUUAACAUGAACUUUUACAGCAUUUAUUAAUCGUAGUUAAUGUUAAUUACAACUAAUACAUUUUUAAAAUAAUAAAAGAUGUAUAUGUUAUUUAAUGCAUAAUUUUAAUUUCAUUAAUUAACAAUAACCAAUAAGAAUAAAUACUGUAAAAGAAUAUUGUUAGUUCAUGAUACCAAAUGCAUUUACUAAUGUUAACAUAUAGAACGUUUUUGCAAAGUGUUACCGAUUUCUUAACAUUUUCUUCUAUUGCAGAGACUGUUUUCGGAAAGUCUUCUGGCAUUGCAUAUUGUUUAAUACGUUUUAACAUCCUAAACAGCAGAUAUGAGUGUUAAGAGUGAAAUCCAUGCAUACAAAAUGCUGAAAUAGUUAGAAAAGGCUUUAGCAGACACUUUGCCAAAGGGUGUAAAACAAUUUAACAUUAUUCUCCUAAACCAAUGCUGUGUUCAUUAUAAUAUAAGAGCUAAGACUGGUUACUAAAUAUCCUAAUUGCAAAGUUGUUGUAGCAGUGAUGUCAAUAUAAAAUGAAACAUAAGAUAGUUCUUGUUGGAUGUGCUCUGUGCUUCCAAAAUAUUUAUGUAUCAGAUUUGUUUCUAAAAUAUGUGCUUGUUUUUAUUUUUUUUUAAAUUCAUUCAUUGUAGCACAUUGACUUCCAUACACAUGUAUGUUUCUGAGAGAUACAAUGUGCCUAUUAAUCACCAUGACUGUUAGAUUACAUAACACUAUAGAAAUCCUUGAAGAAAGUUUCUCUCUGCUUUUUCCAGUUAACCUGACAUAUAGGUCCUUAUAGGACUGUCAUCAGAUUUGUAGGUCUUAUUCUUGUAACAUUACUAAUAACACAGACAUAUGGUAUAAAAAGAAACAUACAUUAUUAAAGAUUAUAUAAAUUAAAAUUUUGCCCUAAAAUGACAAAGCAUGACACACUUAAACUUUUUCAACAAUUUCCCACCACUGCACGAAGAAUAUACAUGGGUCUGAAGGGAUUAUUAAAUUGAAUUUGAUGCAUGAAUGCAUUUCUUGUGUUUUGAAAAGCAGCUCAAAACAGAAAUUAAUAUUAUAUGGUUCAUUAUUAUUUAUUUAGAGUAGUCUGAAUGGAUGUCAGCCUUGGACACUUUUAGAAAUAUUACGUUUGUACUCAUCACCAAUGAAGAGAGGCAAAUUAAUUAUAUAAAGGUACCUCUCCUUUUUGUAGAUGUCUAGCCUCACCAUGUGUGUAUAUGACUCUUUAAAGGUAGGAGCUGUAUUGGUCAACACUAUAGAUGAAGAAUUGGUCCAGAUUCUGUCCUGUAACUGGUGUUUUAGAUAUUGCCACUAAACUGUAAGUGUUUGUAUGUGUUUGUAAACCCUAAAGUUUGAAUUGGUAAGUCACUUUUUGCACAACACUUUAGAAAUUCUGUUUGCAUAAUGAGGAAAUUAAAAUAUACAAGUCAGAUUUUAAAAAAUAUUGCUAAAUUAUAAAUGAUCUACUGUACUUUC